AUGACUAGAAUUGAGCUUAUUAUCGACGAUGCAAGACUUAUAAAAGCGGUGAAAACUGAAUUGAGCGUUCACGAUGCAUUCAUCAAACCAAUCGCAACCGAAAACGGCGCUAAAAUCAUCAAGACAGCGCUGAACAUUGAUAACCCAAUUGUAAAUGACAUUUUGAAACGAUUCCCCACAAUAGUUGCACGUGAAUACACCGAAGAAGCUGUUACGGCUGUUAAGACGUCUGCUACGCUUGCUGGGUUUGUUGAAGGGUACUUACGGGAUGCUGGCGUCCCGCAAUCGGAGCGCGAUGAGCUUUUGAAAGGUCUGCCAGUUCGAUACACUGUCUAUACACCGCUGGUGCUUUUCAAUCACUCUGACCAAAAAAGUUUUCGGUUGCCUUGCUGGCAAACAUUCUUCGCACGAACCAGCCAAACAGGAUUCUUUGAGCCGAUGCUAAGGGCCCGGUUUGCAGGGUGUACGCAUAUCGCUGUAAAUGAACCUAUUGUUGAAUCAGACGUGAUGCGACGGCCCUUCAACAUCGUGGCCCUGUACGGAUCCCUGUACGAAACGCCAUCUGGUGCGUCUCCCGUCACGCAACAGACCUGGGACCAACCGGGUCCGGCAGAAUUUUCUCGUACGCUAUGGUGCCAUAUAGUGCAGAACGGUAUCCACCAGUGCUGGGCACCCAUGUUCACCAUGUUCAGCCGCGGAAACGUUAAGGAGAAGCGACGCAUCCUCGAGAGCUUUGAGGGCAUCGAGGAUACGGACGUUGUUGACCUGUAUGCCGGUAUCGGCUACUUCACGCUCAGCUACCUCCGGCGCCGCGCGCGCCGCAUUUUCUGCUUCGAGCUCAAUCCAUGGAGUAUCGAAGGUCUGCGACGCGGCGUCGCACUCAAUAGCACUGCGACUACGACGCAAUGCCACAUCUACGCCGAGUCUAACGUUAAUUGCCCGCAACGUUUGGCACAAUUCAAAGACCUUGAGAUAGGCCAUAUCAACCUCGGUCUGCUGCCGACAAGCAAACAAAGUUGGCCCAUAGCCAUCGAAAUCAUACUAAACCACAGCGUGGCACCUGAGACCAUUCUACACAUCCACGAAAACGUACACAUCGCCGACCUAUACUCAAACACGUUCGAGCGUCAGAUGCUAGCAGAAUUAAAGAUCUUGACUUCCGAGUUAUCCUACACGCUACAACACACGGAGAAAAUCAAGACUUUCGCGCCUGACGUCUGGCACGUUUGUUUCGACGUUUUGGUAACGAAAAAUGUGGCUGAAUAG